AUGGAGACGAACUCUCCACGCCCACAUGUGGUUGACGCAGAGAUAGCCGAAAACCAGGAUAAUGACUCGCUAAAGAGCAAACGAGCCAACCGUGCAUGCCUUAGUUGCAGGAAAAGAAAGAGCCGGUGUCUGCUAGACAACGACGGCUCGAUACCAUGUCUGCGAUGCAAGCGCGACAACCUCGAGUGCGUCUUGGGAGGGAGUAACCGCGGCGGACGGCGCGUACGCAAGAAGCGCGUAGACGAUGCCCGAUCACACUCACAGACUCUGCCGCCUCUGACAGCGACGGGGGCAGACGACGACAGCUUCCACACACAGGGAAACCUCGGAACCUGGUCGCAAGAGGUCGGCGCACAGCACGUACAGCACCAAUUCGGCCACGAUACCCAGCAGCCCUUUGACCAAGACGGCCAGGCCGCGCAGUCCGACUCCUCCAACACGGACGAGCUGCCCUUCUCCAACCUGCAGAACCCGUCGGACGCGUUGGGCAUACUUGCAAGAGUCGCCGGCGAGACGAGCUCCAACGAGGAGCUCCACGGCAUCAGCAAUGGCAACAGCAUCGGACAACCAGGCGCGUCCACGACCAUGCUUGCUCCUCCACUGUCCUUUUCAUAUCCUCUGCUGGACCGGGGGGUGCUCACGGUGCACUCGCUGUGUGAGUUGCUCGUGCGCUACCACCAGCAGUACCAUCCGUACUACCCUCUAGCCCCAAUGCACGCCUUCGAUACCUCGCGUCUGGCCGACAUGGUCAAGAAGGAGCCGCACCUCCUCACGGCCAUACUGCUUGUCGCUUCGAAAGAUCUCGUCGAGGAGCCCCACAUCUAUGAGGCGUGUUCAGAGCACAUGAAGAGUCUGGUGUCGAACCUAGCCGCCGGAGGGGAUGCCGACAUCGAAGCAGUCGAAGCCCUGCUCCUCCUUGCAGAAUGGGCACCCUACACUCAGAGUGGUGCGGUAAAAGUUGGCAAGGGCGAGGAGAACAAGGAGUCGUCAAUGGAGUCCUGGAUGCAUGUCGGCCUUGCUCUGCGCAUUGCUUACUUCCUCGCCCUCGAUCAGUACUCAUUCCGAUUCGUGGACCAAAGCAAAGACCCCAACCACCACCGCAAACGGCUCGUCUGGACAGCCACAUAUGUUUCUGACCGACAUGUCAGCAUCAGGAUUGGAAAAGCUUUCUGGUCUCGAGGCCCGGGUCCCAUGACAACCCUCCGACGUGAAGACUUUCCCGCACUGAUGCCCCAGAACCCAAAUGAAGAAGACUACGCAUCCAUCUUCCAAGCCAAUCUUGAACUCACGCAGCUGUUCAGUAGUGUUCACGAUACGCUGUACUCCAAUCCCAGCACUAGUUUUCGCUCCCACAUGAGCGGCUCGUAUAUCAAAUACAUAGAUGAUUUUCGUGCGGCAACGUAUGGUUGGAAGAGCGUCUGGGGGACCUUGACCUGCUCACCACCACUGAAAGCUUGUUUGCUGAUCUCAUACGACUACCUACGUCUGUACACCAACGCCUUCGCCUUCCAAGCCACAGUUCUCCGCGCCCUCCCCACCACCAACGGUCCCGCCGAUGGACUCGGCAAAAAGCCCGGUUUACCCCAGCGCGUCUUCGUGAACAACGUCGGCGCAGUUGGCGACGCGCGUUUCAUCUACGAAGGUCUCGACGCCGCCAAAGCCAUCCUCACAACUGUCAACAACUUCGUCGACCCCGAGCGCUCCCUACGCUUCAUGCCUCUACGCUACUUCCUCUACCUUGUCUACGCCGGCGUGUUCCUCUACCGCGCGCGCUGCACAGGCGUCAUCUCCGCCGACGAAGACCGCGCCAUCCGCGCCAUGAUCAACGAAACCGUCACACGCCUCCAACGCAGCAGCGUCGGCUUCGAGGCCGGCUUCCAGCACCCCGGCAGCAGAUACAGCCAGCUCCUCAAACUCCUCUGGGCCAAAGUGCCCCACAAAGAUAAACGUGGCGAGCGCUCGACGUUCCGUCACCCUGGCACGAGCAUCGCGAAUGUCCCCGUCGACGGCAACGGGUUCCCCGCCGUGCAGAGUCCGCAGCAGAGCAGUGUGGGCACGGGCGAGAGUCCGGCCCUCACGGAGCAGAUGGGCGACUUUGGCUGGACGGAUUUGGGUGCUGUGAGCGAUUUCGCAAUGCAUGGGAAUGGGCUGCAGGGCCCGCCGGAUGAGGCCGCGCUGUGGAAUGGCUUUCUGCCGCUGGAUAUGGGGUGGUCGGCGCAAGGGUUUGGCGUGGAUGGCGGGUACGAUCAGAAUGGGCUGGGCAUGCUGUUUUGA